CCCCAGACCUCGAGGAUGCGGGUCGUGACGCCCCCAACUCUGCUCCUGCUGCUGACCCAGACCUGGGCGGGCUCCCACUCCCUGAGGUAUUUCUACACCGCGGUGUCCCGGCCCGGCCUCGGGGAGCCCCGCUUCAUCGCCGUGGGCUUGGACGACACGCAGUUCGUGCGGUUCGACAGCGACGCCCCGAAUCCGAGGAUGGAGCCGCGGGAGCCGUGGGUGGAGCAGGAGGGGCCGGAGUAUUGGGACGAGCAGACGCGGAACGCGAAGGACACCGCACAGAGUUUCCGAGUGAACCUGAACACGAUGCUCCGCUACUACAACCAGAGCGAGUCCGGAUCGCACAACAUCCAGUGGAUGUAUGGCUGUGACUUGGGGCCUGACGGACUCCUCCUCCGCGGGUACACUCAGUGGGCCUACGAUGGCGCGGAUUACAUCGCCCUGAACGAGGACCUGCGCUCCUGGACCGUGGCGGACACCGCGGCGCACAUCACCCGCCGCAAGUGGGAGGUGGCCGGUGCAGCGAAGGACUGGAAGAACUACCUCGAGGGCACGCUCGUGGAGUGGCUCCUCAAGUACCUGGAAAACGGGAAGGAGACGCUGCUGCACGCAGAAUCUCCCAACACACGCAUGACCCGCCACCCCAUCUCUGACCGUGAGGUGACCCUGAGGUGCUGGGCCCUGGGCUUCUACCCUGCGGAGAUCACCCUGACCUGGAAGCGUGAUGGGCAGGACCACACCCAGGACACAGAGCUUGUGGAGACCAGGCCUGCGGGAGAUGGAACCUUCCAGAAGUGGGCGGCUGUGGUGGUGCCUUCUGGAGAGGAGCAGAGAUACACGUGCCAUGUGCAGCACGAGGGGCUGCCCGAGCCCAUCACCCUGAGAUGGGAGCCAUCCUCUCAGCCCUCCAUCCCCAUCCUGGGCAUCAUUGUUGCUGUGGUUGUCCUUGUGGUCACUGUGGUGGUUGGAGCUGUGAUCUGGAGGAAGAAGUGCUCAGGAGGAAAAGGACCAAGCUACUUUCAUGCUGCACGCGAUGACAGCACUCAGGGCUCUGAUUCAUCUCUAAUGGCUCCUAAAUUGUGAGACCUACUGCCUGUGGUGCACUGAGCGAUGCAGGAUCUGUUCACACCCCCACUUAGUGACAUCGAGAUCCCCUGAAUUCCUGCAGAUGGUGUCAGAAUGUGUCUGCAUUCCUAUUAGCAUAUCGUGAGGAUUCAGGAGACUGGCCCCCAUGCCCACCAUGACCCCUCCCAUACUGAUUCAUGUUCUGUCUCCAUUCCUGUCUUUCCUUCAUGUUGGAUUGAGUACUGACGCCUUACUUCCCUACUGAAAAUGAGAAUCCUGAUAGGAAUUCGUGUUUUGUAAUUCUUAGUAUGUGGGCAUGAUGAGGUAAUAAAAGAGAGGAUUUGUAUGGUUGGAAGAGAAAAUAAAUGAAAGCCCUGAACACCUUCCAGAA